AUGUACGGGCUGUCCGUCUCCUCACGUGCUAUCCUCCUUGCCAUGGAGACCAAAGUGAAGAAGCUGGCAGAGUUGAAUUCACUCAGAGACAGGCAUGCUGAUCAGGUGCUCGCAGAGAACCCAAACUCGGUGAGCAGAGUCUCUGUUACCAUGGACAAGAACGAUGUCCCAGCCAUUCUCAUUGGCGUCGACGCUUCCAGCGACAGAGGCUCGGUGAUCUUGCCAGAUGAGCUCCGCGACGUGAAUGUGAUCUUCGAGACUGUGGCCCGAAACACGGCCGGCGGGCGUGCCUAA